ACUCACUGAGCAGCUCCUGGCCGGUCAGAGUGCAGCGGAGCCCGGCAGCAGCAGCAGCGGGGCGACGAGCAGAGUCUCACCGAGGAUCAACAGCUGAGGAGCGGCGGAGCUGCGGCGGAGCUCCGGUCCUCCCUGCCGGACUUUAAGAGCUUUUAUCCCUCUUCCAUCCUCCGCUCUCCCGCCGGUCUGCGGCGCAUUGUGGAGGAAUAACGGAGUUACCGUGAAAGUGCGUGAAGUACCGUCAUUAUCCCGCCGCUGGCAGCCUGACAGCCGCCAGCAUGAAGAAGAACAACUCCGGGAAACGGGGCCCGAAGGACUCGGUGCAGCAGCACGUUCAGCCCGAUAAGGUGGGCUGGAUCCGGAAGUUCUGCGGGAAAGGGAUCUUCAGAGAGAUCUGGAAGAACCGCUUUGUGGUUCUGAGGGGAGAUCAGCUGUUCAUCUGCGAGAAAGAGGUGAAGGAACUGGGUCGGGCUGACGAGCUGUUGGAUCUGUCGGACUACGAGCGCUGUGAAGAGAUCAAGAAGAACAAGAGUCGCAGCAAAAAGAACCACAGCAAGUUCAGACUGCAGCGCUGCAGCACGCCGGGCAACACGGUCCCGAACCUGGUUUUCCUGGCUGUGAGUCCAGAGGAGAAAGAGUCCUGGAUCAACGUCCUAAACGCCGCCAUCACACGAGCCAAAAACAGAAUCCUGGACGAGGUCACCGUCGACUCUCAGCUGUCUCAUCUGACUCGAGAUCGAGUGAAGAUUCCUCACAACCGCCGGCUGCCGACCAGAGGUCACCUGCUGGCUGUGGCCUCCUCCUCCUCAGACGGGACGCUGACUCUGGAUCUGAUCCAGGAGGAGGACGGUCCGUCUCCUCAGGGAGCCGACGGCUACGACGCCUCCAGGGUCGCCUCGGACAAACCGGAUUGUCCACGGUCAAAAACUGACGGCGCUCUCUCUGCCAGCACCGCCGAGGCUUCUGGGAAAUCCCAGAGCCUCCCCCGCGAGGUGGUGGUGGUGUGGGAGGGUCAGACCCCCCAGCCUGGAAAACGCUUGACAACGGCGGAGAAAAACCGCUGCGCCUCCAUGGAUGAGAUCCUCACGCACUCCGAGACGAAACCUGCAAAGAACAAGACCGGGGCGCCGCCGGACGCCGCGGUGGCGCCCAUCAGCCGGCUGCAGGAGCUGAUCAGACAGAAGCUGGAGAAGACGGAGCGGCUGCUGACGGAGGCGCGGAGGGAGGCGAAGGGGAAGGAGUCCACCGAAGCUGAGAGACUCCUGAAGGAGGCAGCGGCGGCCUGGAAUCAGGCCCGCGAGGUGCUGGAGGAGGUGAAGGAGCUGAGGGUGUUGUACCGACAACUGGACUCCCCCCCCGCCCUCACCCCCUCCAACAGCACCAAGCUGAACCAGGACCACCGGAGCCCGAUGUGAGCCACAGGGACUCUGAGAACUGUUAAAUUAUUUGGAACAAUUCAGGAACCAGAACUGAUCAGAACUUCCUUAAAACCAGAGUGUAGCAUUCAGAUCCAGGUUCUGAAAAUCCCUUAAAGUCUGUUUUUGUUGCACAAACAGGAAACUCUUUAAAGUCUCCAUGAGCCGCUACGAGCUAGCGUCAGCAUCGACCUUCCAGUGAACACAGGCGGACCCGGGACCGAACACAACCUCUGAGACAGACGUUGUUGGUCUGACAGGGAAACCAGUACCGAGGUGGUUUCCUUGUCGGGUUCGGCUACUGGAUGAGUCAGUUAGCGGUUAGCUCCUCUAUAACUGACCUCGGUACUGUAACGUUGUUCUGUCGGUCUCGGAGGUUGUGUUUGACCCGGUCCGGGACUUUAGCUAAAGUCAGAGGGAAACCAGGGAAUAUUUUCUCCAUAAAAUCUGAUCCAGUUUCACCAGAAUCACUGAAUCCAGUUAGAAAGUUGAGCUCAAUAACGAUUAAUCGUUAGUUGGCAUUUAGCUGCAGUUAGCUCCCAGAUGUAACUAGCUCGGUAACGAUUGAUCUCAAACACCAUUAAGACGUAUUGAUUCAAACACUUUGAUUCUGACUUGAUGGAGACUUUAAAGACGACCUGACGUCUCUCGUCAAAGUGAAAGAAAAUGUGCCAAGACGAGAGUUCGGAGUGGAGGACAAACUGUUUCUGUUUUAUUUUUCUCUGUGAAUAUUAAUGUGUCGGUAGAGAAACGUAGUUUAAUGCGUCGCGACUGUAAUAAUGUUUCUUCAGGUACGAUAAUUCCCAUCAGCCUCGGCUGCACUCUGAGUUUACUGUUAUUAGCUCAUGUUAGGAUGCUAGCAUUUAGCUCUUAUGCCUCGAUUCCACCGGGUACGACGACACGUGUGCCGCGUCGUUUGGUUUCAUACUGAGAGGCGGAGCAUUUUCUUGGUUGAUUUGGUCAUUUUUUUAAACUUUACCCGCCGCCGCCACCCGGUGGAAACGAGGCGUCAGUCUCAAGUUCUUGUGUCACUUUUCGUGAGCAGACUGAAGUUGUUUAGCUUCAGGUUACUGUUGAAAAGAACCAGUUUGUUCGUUCGUCUACAACCAGCUGCAGAAUCCAACGUACUAUGCACACGAUGUUCACUCUUCUUCUCUUCCUCAAUGUGAAUGUUUCCUGGAGCCUCCAGUCUCACCUGGAAACUGACUCAGGUGUAAAUGAUCAGGUGUGAAGAUCUUUGAUUGUUCGUCUCUACAGAUGAGGACUCUGUUAGCUCGAGCAGCUACCGGAGCUAACAAUGAACUGAAGCUAAUGCUAAAGAACAAGUCAAACUGAAACUAUAAAUCAAAAUGUUGGUAAAAAAAAACCAGCUGGCUAACUGCGCAAUAAUGAGAAAUGUUGCUAACAUAAGCUAGCAAGCUAACAUUAAUUAGCUGACAUUAACUAACUAAUGCUAAUGUAGCAUCCUAGCUAUAUUGUAGCUAGCUAGGAUUUUAUAAAUGUCAGUUAACCUGCAAUGAGCUUAUGCUAAACUAACAAUUAAUUUAACUAUUGAUUAAAGGUUUACACAUUAUCUCAUAAGUUUAUAUCAUUAUUUUAAUAUUUUUACUUCCGUAUUUGUCUUUUCCUUACGACGAGUAUUUAUUUUUUUUGUGGAAAUUACGAGAAUAAAGUCGCUUAACAUUACGAGAAUAAAGUAGUAAUUUUAUGAGAAUAAAGUCGUAACAUUACGAGAACAAAGUAGUAAUUUUAUGAGAAUAAAGUAAUAAUAUGAGAAUAAAGUUGUAAUAUUACGAGAAUAAAGUAGUAAUUGAGCCUUUUGGCUCAGCUAGUACAACAGUUUAACGAUGAAUUGAUCGUCAGAUCUUGAUAAAUCUAUCGAAGCUUUUUUCUCAACAAAAAUUUCCCAAAAUUUUUUUUUUUGUUUUCUUAGUAUGGCCCUAAUACUCGUCGUAUUUCCUGGAGGAGUUCCUGACUCUGCUGAGACGAACAAUCAGGAAUCAUUUGAACUGGAUGAAAUGAACGACGGUAGCUUCCAGUGAGCAGGAAUCAAACACAAGUGCAGUUUAAAACAAUCAGAGUUUAUUUUUAUAAACCAGAUUCAGACUUUUGUACUUUAGUUGAAGCAAAAGAUUCCCACUCGCAGUAUUUUUGUAAGUGAAAGAACUGGAUUCAUUAUCCUCCUGUUCAAUGUUCCUGCGAGCUGCUUUCUGAGUUUCACACUGUUCCUUUUGUCCAGCAGGCGGCGCUAAAGAACGCAACGACCGCGACGAAAAUGAAAACAUGAUUGUAAACAAUGAAGGAUUAAAACUAUAUUUUAAAGUUGUCUUUGUUUUAUGAGGAAUAAAAUGUGUUUCACGUG